CUCGUCUUCAUCUUUUAUCUUUUAUUCAUAACUCACUCUUCCAUACUUACUCUUCUCUCCCAUUUCGCUGUUCCUCUUAUUCUUCUUCGUUGAUAUUCUGUAUGUUUUUUCUCGUCUCUUUCUGAGAUUCUUGCUUGGGGUUUUGUUGGUUCUUUGCUGACAGUGUCGGUCCCCUGUAGUAGAUUAUCAUUAUCAUCAUGGGUUCCACGCUUCCUCAGACUAUGAAGGCUCUUCGCUAUGACAAGCCAGAGUCGCACAGCAUCGCCGAGGUCCCGUUGCCUGAGCUCCGUGACAACGAUGUCCUGGUAUGUCCUUCCCUCCUCUUCCAUACAUAUACAUACCAUAUACCUCUAACAAUUCUCCCUUUUCCCUCACAGAUCAAAGUCAAGGCCUGCGGUGUCUGCGGAACCGAUCUGCAUAUCCACGAGGGUGAAUUCAUCGCAAAGUUCCCCCUCGUACCCGGUCACGAAACCGUCGGUGUCGUCGCCGCCGUCGGCCCCAAAGUCAAGGGCUUCAACAUCGGUGACCGCGUCGUCGCUGACAACUCCGAGCUCUGCGGCGAGUGCUUCUAUUGCCGUCGCGGCGAUGAGCUGUUCUGCGAACACUUCGAGGCUCACGGCGUCACCAUGAACGGUGGCUUUGCUGAGUAUUGCGCAUACCCUGCUGGCAGGGUAUUCAAGAUCAAGAACCUCUCGGAUGUGGAUGCCACGUUGUUGGAGCCGGCCAGCUGUGCCGCGCAUGGUUUGGAUAAGAUUGCGCCCAAGAUGGGGUCGUCGGUGUUGUUGUUUGGAGCUGGGCCGACUGGUUUGAUCCUGGCUCAGUUGCUCCGCCAAUGCGGUGGCUGCCGCGUGGUGGUUGUUGCUCCUGAGGGAUUGAAGAUGGAUCUGGCCAAGUCGCUGGAGGCAGGUGACGAGUAUGUUGCGCUGUCGCGACAGGAUCCUAGCGCGCAAUUCCAGAAGCUGAAGGAGGAGAACCCCUAUGGGUUUGACAUUGUUGUUGAGGCCACGGGUAGUGUUAAGAUCCUGGAGGACUCGAUCAACUAUGUCCGCAGAGGUGGAAAGCUGGUGGUAUAUGGUGUUUAUUCCAACAAGGACCGCGUGUCUUGGCCUCCUAGCAAGAUCUUUGGUGAUGAGAUUACCAUCCUGGGUAGCUUCUCUGAAGUGUACAAGUUCCCUGCGGCGAUUGACUACCUCGACUCCGGCAAGGUCAAGGUCAAGGGCAUCGUCAACAAGACGUUCAAGAUUGAUCAGUGGGAGGAGUGUCUGGCGGCGAUGAAGAACAAGACGGCCAUUAAGGCGGCGAUUACUUUCGAUUAA